AUGACUGUCAAAUUCAUGCUAAAUUCGUCGGUUUCAAAAACUAUUAAGUAUAAUCCGCAGACGGACAAGCUAUUAACUGUAGCCGCAGGAUGCUUCUGGGGUACGGAACAUAUUUAUAGAAAGCAUCUAGGGAACAGGUUAACGGAUUGUAAAGUUGGAUAUUCCAAUGGAAUUGUUAACUCUAAGGAUGGAGGGUCUAUAACCUAUGAAAAGGUUUGUGCUGGGAACACUAACUUCGCUGAAGUAUUACAAAUAUCUUACAACCCACAAAUAAUAACGCUUAAGGAACUCGUGGACUUUUUUUUCAGAAUGCAUGAUCCAACCACGGCUAAUUCCCAGGGUCCAGACGUGGGUACCCAGUACCGAAGUGCUCUUUUCGCGCACUCAGAAAGUGAUUUACAGGAGCUUUUAAAGCUCAAAGCCGAAUGGCAAGCUAAAUGGCACAACAGCAUUAUUACUGAGGUUGCUAUGACAGAAAGCUUCUACGAUGCAGAAACUUACCAUCAACUAUACCUUAAUAAAAAUCCAGUCGGUUACCAAUGUCCUUCGCACUACCUAAGGAAUAUCUAG